AUGGCCAAGGGUAAAGAAGUCCGCGUAACGGUUAUUUUAGAAUGUACCGAUUGUGUUCGAAAGGGAAAGGGUGUUAAUAAAGAAUCAACGGGCAUUUCCAGAUAUAUUACUCAAAAGAAUCGACAUAAUACUCCUAGUCGAUUAGAAUUGAAAAAAUUCUGUCCCUAUUGUUACAAACAUACGAUUCACGGGGAGAUAAAGAAAUAG